AUGACUUGGUCCAUCGAGCUUUCUCAAUAUGACAUACGAUACGAGCCCCGACAAGCAAUCAAGGCGCAAGCAAUGGCAGAUUUUCUAGUGGAAGUAACAGGAGACCCAACCGAAGAAGCAAGCGCACGGUGGAAGCUCCACGUGGAUGGAGCCUCCCACCAGACCUCUGGGGGCGCCGGAAUCAUCCUGGAGAGCCCGGUUGGAGUCAUAUACGAGCAGUCGAUCAGGUUCGAAUUCUCUGUUUCGAAUAACCAGGCAGAAUACGAAGCCCUCAUAGGGGGCCUAACCCUAGCAGCGGAAGUCGGGGCAACAAGGUUGGAAGUAUGCAGCGAUUCGCAGGUCGUCACCUCCCAGGUAAACGGGAGCUAUCAAGCCAGAGAUUCAUUAUUACAAAAGUACUUGGAAAAAGUCAAGGAGUUGAGCCAAAAUUUUGAGGAGGUCACGGUCCACCACGUACCCAGAGAAAGAAACACACAGGCAGAUCUCCUAUCAAAAUUGGCCAGCACUAAACCGGAAGAGGGCAACCGGUCUCUCAUCCAAGGUAUGGCGAGGGAGCCGGCAGUCACCCUACACCUAUCAAGGCUGGGUUCUUCAUGGAUAGACCCCGUCACCAGCUUCUUAGAAAAUGGCAAACUCCCAGACGACGAAGUGGAUGCCACAAAACUGAGAAGGGAAGCAGCCAAAUACGCGGUCAUUCAGGGACAGCUAUUCAAGAAAGGGUUCAGCCAGCCCCUACUGAAAUGCUUACAUCCCGACCAGACGGACUACGUCCUCAGGGAAGUCCAUGAAGGCUGCUGUGGACAUCACAUAGGGGGCAAAGCCUUAGCAAGAAAGUUAGUUCGGGCCGGAGGUCGAGCCGCUGGCCAGCAUAUCCCCGUCCAAUUGCAGAAAAUUCCUGUGGAGGCAGUGAUAACACGAUUCGGGAUCCCGGAGGUCGUUAUCUCAGACAACGGCACACAGUUUACCGACAAGAAGUUCACGGAGUUCCUUACCGGCCUAGGUAUAAGACAGAAGUUCUCCUCGGUAGAACACCCCCAAACGAAUGGACAGGUGGAGUCCGUGAACAAGAUUAUCCUGUUAGGGCUUAAGAAGCGACUGGAUAAUAAAAAAGGUGCUUGGGCAGACGUGCUCGCCUCGGUCCUCUGGUCUUACCGAACAACUGAACAGUCCUCCACCAAGGAGACCCCCUUCCGACUAACAUACGGGUUAGACGUAGUAAUACCCGUAGAGGUCGGGGAACCGAGCCCGCGACUACUUCUAAAAGGAGUAGGAGAAGCCGUGGAGAAGGACCUGAUAGAUGAAGUCAGAGAAAUGGCCCAUCUGACGGAAACAGCGCUGAAACAAAGAGUGGCUCUACGCUACAACGCCAAAGUGCUCAAAAGAGAGUUUGAACCAAAUGAUCUCGUCCUAAGGCGCAACGACAUUGGCUUGCCGACCCCAGGAGAAGGCAAACUGGCAACAAACUGGGAAGGCCCCUAUAGAGUCAAAUAA